AUGAAGUACCCAGUCAGAGGAGCGAGAACGCUCGGGUACAUUGUAAAACAACGGCCACGAUAUGGGUUUAGUCAGAAGAGCGACUCGGAGCGUCCUAUUCAAGAUGACUGUCGAGGAAUCCAUCGGAGAGGGGUGAUGCCUGAGCUGAGAUUGUGCCCAGGGGACGGUUUCUAUCCAGACGUCCCUGGACAAGCCGUACUAAGACCAGAUGGCGGACGAUACCCUGGGGGUGUAGGAGACUAUCGAUGUUAUACACGUAUACGUCGGGUGAAGGAGGAACGGAGGCGCGUGGAGGAGCAGGAGGAGAGGGGCCGCCGUGCGAGGAUUGAGCGAGAUAUGCGCAUGAGUACCGAAGCUAAGCGACGCAAGAAGGAGGCCGAGGAGAGAGCCGAGGAGAAGAAGCGUGAGUUGGCCGAGAGGCGGGUGAGGGAGAGGGAGAAACGUUUGAAGGAGUAUCGUCAUUUAGAGCAGUGGCGUGCUGAGCAGGCGAGGAUCAAGGAGGAAGAACUCGGGAAAGAGGAGGCUGAGAGAGCCAGGGAGCGGGGCGAACGCAAUAAGAGGGUAGAGCAGAUGGCGGCCCGAGUCAAGUGGGAUAAGACAAAAAGCAUGCUCAUCGGCUGGGCUACCAUUCAGAUCAUUAGCACGAGCAGAGACAAGGGCAGGGCAGUAGAGGAGAUGGCGCGCAGGGAGGCGGACUGCUUAGACAUUGGCUAUGCACUCUAG